GGAAGUGGCUGCGGCCCCAGACCGGCCGGGCUGGGCGCGGAGCUGCGAGGCGCGGCCCCGCGGAGGCGUCUCCCCACGACGUGCCACCGCCCCUGGACUGCGCUGCACAAACUUUCUGCCGGGCAGCGGGACCGUGUGGCGGCGCAGCGCUGUCCCGGCACCUCCCUGUCGCGGAGCCGAGAGGGGAGCGGCCCCGGAGCGCGGCGGGCGGGCACGGGCGGCAGCCGGGGAGGAGGAAACGCUGUCACUGAGGCUGGCCGUCUCCGCCCGCCGGGCAUCCUUCAGCACAGCAGGGCUGCGCUUCGUCCGCCGCCUGUCUCAGGAGCUGCUACAAUGGGUUGUGGAUUGAACAAACUAGAGAAGCAUGAUGAAAAACGACCUGGUAAUAUCUAUUCGACUUUGAAGAGACCCCAGGUAGAAACCAAGAUAGAUGUUUGCUAUGAAUAUCGAUUCCUGGACUUCACAACACUAAAUGAUACUGAGCUGCCAGGAUCAUCUGCAAUCAAGCUCUCCUCCUUGUGUGAUCUUCCUGCUCAGCUGCAAGAAUUGUACCAGCAGGGCUUCGUCUUGGCUGCUGUCCACCCUUUCGUGCAACCAACUGAUGAAAAAGAGAAAACUCCCCAGGAACAAAUCUUCAGGGCUGUGCUUAUCAAGAAAACAGAAAGGUCUCCAAAAGGUGAUGUCCAUAGUGAAAGAUAUGUCUUGGAGGUAGAGUGCUGCUCCUCUUUAAGCCAGCUUUCAGACAAAAAGGAGAUACCUGAUUUUAUUAAGCAAAUUCAAGAUGCUGCGAGUCAGGGCUUGAAAUUUGUUGGAAUUAUACCUCAGUACCAUUCCCAAAAGAACUGUCUUGUCAGCACCUCCCUGACACCUGCCAGUAACAACUCUGUGCGAUCGAGAGAUAAUGCAAAUGUUUCAAAUCACCUCGAGGAUCAUGCUUCAGCGGAUGGCGAGAAAAUAGAUGCCAUUAAUGGAUGCAGCUCUGCAGCACCAAGUGAGGAAAGUGCUGAGCCCUCUGCCACAUCCAGGGAGGGCUGGAAAGGUGAAGGGCAGGCUACUGAAGAGCUGAAUCUCAAGUCUGCAAAGGGAAAUGAAGAAGAGUUUCAGCAUGCAAACCCAAGUGUAACAGAAGCGGCAGACAAGCUGAAUGGACUUGUGGAGAAUGAAACGCCAGCACGAUGCUUGAAACCACUUACUGGCAGAGCAGAGAUCUUCGCUCUCUUCAACAAGCCCAACAGCCCCCAAAAGUGCAGCCAGUAUUACACGGUGACUAUCCCGAUGAGGAUCUCCAGGAAUGGGCAGACUGUCAACAGUUUAGAAGCAAAUUGGCUGGAGCAUAUGACAGAUCACUUCAGGAAAGGAGGCUCAUUGGUAAACGCUGUCUUCAGCCUUGGAAUGGUAAAUGAUUCUUUACAUGGCACAAUGGAUGGAAUAUUUCUCUUUGAAGAUGUUGCUGUGGAAGACAGUAAAACCGUGCAGGGCUACGAUGCAAUUGUUGUUGAGCAGUGGACUGUCCUGAAGGGAGUUGAAGUGCAGACAGAUUACGUUCCGCUGCUGAAUUCCCUUGCCGCGUACGGCUGGCAGCUGACGUGUGUGCUUCCCACUCCCAUUGUGAAGACAAACAGGGAGGGAAAUUUAUCUACAAAGCAAAUUGUAUUUCUUCAGAGACCUUCUUUGCCCCAGAAAGCGAAGAAGAAAGAAUCUAAGUUUCACUGGAGGUUCUCCAAAGAAGAUAUGCACAACAAACAGAUGAAGAAUUCCUCAAAGGCCAAGUCAAGUACCAAGGAAAAGCAGAUGGCCGAGGAGAAGCAGGAGUUUGAAGUCACAGAGAACACAAGAAACUUAGAAGCACAAAUCUCAACAGCAGCCAAGCUGGAUCCAGAGCAGCAGCUGGAUGAUGUCAUAGACUUGGGAGAUGAAGUUGCUGGGACCAACGAGGCAGGCACCCAUCCCAACGGGGCGUUAGAAGAAGCGUGUCCUGCUGGUUGCCAUAGUGAUGGCAGUGAGGUGCAGGCCUGCCUCAGCCAGAGCGCCUCUGACUGCUGCGUGGAACAGGUAACAGCAGGGGGAGGCUGCUCUCCGGCGCUGGAUGACUGCGGUGGCAGUGAUGGAGCAGUGGACUGCUCCUGCGAGUAAAGACCUGUGCUCCAGGACUCUGCUGAGUUGCUGAUACUUUGCCAAGACAGAACAACAGAUACUGCUCAUCACCACCACUUAUUGCUCAGUUUGGCACUUCUUUGGCAUUGUGCUUACUUGGCUCCUUAGCACACCAAUAAACUGAAGUUUUAAGUAA